ACAAUCCACGUGAAUGGCCUCUGCAACUGCAUUAGACCCCGUUUCUGUGUUUCUGCUACUUCUUCCUCUGUUUCUUCAGCUGUCGCCGUUAAUGGCAGAGGAGCCAGUUCCAUGUCCAGCAACAUGGCCUGAUCAAUUCCACUCGGUGCUCUUCAUCAACAGAAGCAGUUCCCUGCAGAAGGUAGACUUAUGGUACGACUGGCCCAACGGCCGCAACUUCAACAUCAUCCAGCACCAGUUGGGUGUCCUCUCCUACGACCUCGAAUGGGACAACGGCACCUCCUUCUACUACACCCUCCACCCAUUCAACACCACCUGCAAGGUGGUACAUUUCGAUGUUGGCAUUCUCCGCCCCAACUGGCUUGACGGCGCUACCUUUCUUGGUCAUAAGAAUGUUGACAAUUUCCUCUGCAAUGUUUGGGAGAAGGCUGAUUUCAUCACCUACUACGAGGAUGUACUUACUCAAAGACCUGUUAUGUGGGUCUUCUCCUCUGGAAUGGUUGCUCAUGUGAUGACAUUUGAGGUCGGUGCGGUGCUCGAGGAUGCCAAUUGGCAGGCACCUGUGUAUUGUUUUAGUGAGACAGAUACCGGCAGCUCACUCUUAGAAUCAUCUAUUGAUGUUGUUUCUCAUGGGACAUUGAUCAGAGGGAUACCCCAUACUGCUUAUGCUUAGGGGUUGUUAAAUUUCCAUUAAAUGUAUGCUGUAUUCCAAAAUAAAAACAUGUUGCUAUUUGCUUCGUUGAGUUGAAGCUAUUUUUAUCAAUGUUGUUUAGUCCUUUAUGAACUUCGUGUAUCUGUUACUGAAGCUGAUACCAUAGCUUCAUUGCAUGUCAUUUGAAGAAUGUUACUGUAUAAAUAAGAAAUUCUUGGCAUCAAAUCUUA